AUGUCCAAGCCCAAUGAUGCGCCGGUUGAGGACCAUCCCUACGUCUCCUGUCACAAUCGUAUCCAGCGUCCAAAGGUCAUAUACAGCAAAGAGACUGGUCAGUAUCAUAUGUGGUGGCACGUCGACGACUCCAAGUACAGCCUUCUGCUUCAAGGUCUCGCUACCUCCGAUAGUAUCGCCGGUCCCUACACAUUCCAGAAAGCGAUCUCGCCCCUGGGCAACUGGUCGCAAGACUUUGGGGCGUUCACGGACUACAAGACGGGAGAGUCGUAUGCUCUUUACUCGAACGGCGACCGCCCCGAAGGACGUGAUGUGUAUGUUAGUAAGUUCAACAGGAACCUAACAGAUAUCGAAGAAGUCACCUUUCGGUUUGACAAGUAUGACUUUGAGGCACCGACGAUUCUGCAAACUGAGGAGAGUUACUUUGCACUGAUGAGUCACAAGACGGGGUAUCGUCCCAACAAUGUGGUGGCGAUGCGCGCCGACAAGCUCGAAGGACCCUGGUCUCAACCAUUCUUCGUGGCACCUGCGUACACCCGGACAUUCAGCACCCAGUCCGGUUUCUCGUGGAGAAUCAAGGGGUCCAAGGCGACUACAUAUUUGUACAUGGCUGAUCAAUGGGACAUGCUAUCGCUUUGGGAAAGCCGCAAUGUGUGGCUUCCGAUUGAAAUCGACGAGAUAUCAGGAAGUCUCAAGGUUGUAUGGCAUGAUGUCUACGAUCUUGAUGUGAAGACUGGUGUUUGGAAACCCGUUCGUGGAAAGACGUAUACCUCCAGAUACGCAAAAACUAGCGGAUCUGCGCAUCUGCAAGAAGCUACAUUUGGUAGCCACAAUGUUAUCGCCACUGGUAUAUACGGCAACGACAGCACCAUCACCUUCGAAGUCGAGGGACAAGGCCGAGAUCAAUGGGUGUCUUUCUAUCAUCAGAAUAUCGAUGACAUGGGCUUCGGUGACCAGCCAUUCGGUCAACCGGAUCGCAUCAAUGGGACAUGGCAACUCCGCCGAAUCAGCAGUGUCGUGGUAAAUGGGGAUGACAGCUCCGUGCACACUUUGUAUCAGAAGGAUACCCAUAAAGGCAUCAUUCUGUCAACCCCUCUCUUACUUCCUCUGCAGAAGGGCAGAAACACGAUUACGGUUGGUGGCCUUCACAACGGCUUUGAUUAUAAAGGCGCUGAUCUCGAUCGGAUCGUCGUCUAUCCUCCCGAGGAAAAGUGGCAGAAGCGAUCGUUCCUUGAUGCGCUAAAUGUUUGGCAAUAA